AUGGAUGCUUCAAAUGAAGAAAAAAUUCCAUUGGUACCUGAAUUGGUUAAAUUCAAAAAUGUUUGUCAAAUUGUUCAAGCACUAGUGAAUGAACCACAUAAUAUCGGAAAUUUGAAUAUCGUCGGAUCAGCAAUCACAGAACCAGGUGAUACAUUGCCAGGUGUACCGAUUGAAACUCUGCAGAAUAUUGUUCUGAAUUUUGGAAGUGAAUUCGUUCCAGCGAGUAGUUAUCCGAUUAAAGAUAAAUCAUGUCGACAACAAUCGACUGGUUUGUGUGGUAUUGUGUGUGCAUUACCUGGUACCAAAGCUCCUGGCGAAAUUCGAAAUGGUGCCUAUCGACAAUUAUUUCAUCCAGAUCAAAUGAUCACUGGAAAGGAAGAUGCGGCAAAUAAUUAUGCUCGUGGACAUUACACAGUUGGAAAAGAUAUCAUCGAUUUAGUUCUCGACCGUAUGCGAAAGAUGACUGAUCAAUGUACCGGACUUCAAGGUUUUCUUAUCUUUCAUUCAUUUGGUGAAUCAGAAAAUAAUAUGGAAUCAAUUCGUCAAUCUUACAUAAAUAUAGUUAAUGAACUUAAUCAAGAAUUACUUGCAAUGAAAGAACAAUGCGAACAAGCUGAUGCUGAAAAACAAUUGUUGACGAAUCAACUUGAAAAUCAAUCUGUUACGAUUAAUCAAGAAUAUGAUAUAUAA